GCGUUUUGCAGCAUGUGUGUUGGCUGGCGGUUAAAACAUUCUUUAAAUUUACUUCGUUUAAAUAAAAGAUUCUUUUCCACAGCAUCUCGGCUAAUGAAAAAUGAAAGUCCUAAGCCAACGAAACAGUUCAGUCUAAGUUUUGAAGAAUAUCAAACGUUGCGUAGAAAAGUUAGAACUCAGAAGAGGAUAUCUGGAAUCCCAUUUGCAGCAGUGGGUUUAACGUCAUCUUCAAUGAUCUCUGUUAUGUUAAAUCCUCAUUUAUUUGAUGCAACUGAUCCUGAACAGAUACAACCCAUUCUUGGAAUGGAUCCUCUUGUUUUCUGUACAUUAUGUGGUGUGGCAAGUUCUGCAGCUGGGUAUAUGUUGGGAUGUGCAUUGUAUGGGCUAGUAUGGCAAUGGAUGAAUAAAGAUCUUGCCCAGAAAAUUAAAGAGAGAGAAACAGAUUUUUUCCAAAGAUUAGAGAGCCAUCGAACAGAUGCAUUUAGUAAGUUUGAAGAUGAUUUUUAUGGAGAAAGUAUAAAGACAUUGAGUGAUUAUCGCCAGUGGGUGCGACAGAUGCAAAGAAAGAAACAAGAGGAAGAGAAAUAUGGAAAAACACUUGUACAAAAUAAAGAAGAUGAAGCAUCAUAACAUUAUAGUCUAUGUGAAGUUUUUAGGAUAUCAAAUAUUAUUCAAAUGCUUGCUGCAGCAUGAAAAAGCAUAUUAGGCUUUUAAAUCUGGUGGUUUUAACCUGAACUCCCAGAUUGUCUAGCUACCGCUGAGUAGGGUGAAGAUAUAUUCAGUGCACAAAUACUACCCUGAAUAGUGUAUAUGAACUAUGUACUGUUGCAUCAAAUUGAUAAAUAUUUUGACAAAUCCUGAGUCAUUCCUGGAUUCAUGCAUCAGAGCACGUAUGAGAAAUGAGAAAAUUGUCAAGUGAAAGGAAUAUAUAAAUUUACUGCGUGGAAACAUCGCUAUGACGUCAUAUUGCAUCGCAAAUUGCAACUUUUUGCUUUUCUUUUGUUUGUUACGUUUUUACAUUUUCUGAUUUGUCUGAUUAUUUGGUUGGUUUCGGGACACCUUCCUUGAAAGCCGAGUUUGAAGUUGCACUAAGAUGCCUGUGAAAGUACAUAUUGAAUACUGUGGUGGAUGAGGGUACUACCCUCGCUUCAGGGAACUGGAGCAAAGUAUCAAGAAAUCAAUUCCUGAUGCUGAUGUCACUGGUCAAGUUGGGAAAAGAAGUUCUUUUGAGAUUACAGUUAAUGAUACUCUUAUCUACUCUAAGUUGGAGAAGGGUGGUUUUCCUGAAUUUGAACAGGUAAUAAAAGAGAUUGAGCGAGUAAAUAAUGGUGGGGAAGCAGGAGAAAUUUCUAAAGAAAGCUCAGGCUGCAUUGUUCUUUAAGUAAUUCUUGAUAACUCUAAUUUCUAAGUUUUAACAAUGGUAACAAUAUUCUCAUGACUAUGAAAAAUACAACUUUUUAAUGAAAACUGCUGCUUAAAUCGAAUACUACAUAUUGAAAGCAGUGGUUGGAUGCAAUCAGAUGUUGUAUAUUUCUAUUUUAUUAAUAAUAUUAAACACGUACUUUAAAUAAACUUUUUUUAUUGCUUUAAUGCAUGUACUGCAGCUGAUUUAAUAAAAUGUAGUAUGUUGAUUUUGAA